AUGACAACUCAGAUCCCCGCCACCACCAAGCAGUGGACAGUGUCCCCCACAGACGGCAGCAAAGGCUUCGAUGUUCUGAAGCUAAGCGAGGUGCCUGUGACUCCGCCGGGUGACAGCCAGGUCUUGGUUAAGAUUGAGGCCGCCUCUCUCAACUACCGCGAUCUUCUCAUCACCCGCGGCACGUACCCCUGGCUCACCACCCCCAACGUCGUCCCCGGCUCCGACGGCGCCGGCACCGUCCUCGCCGUCGGCAAGCACGUCACCCGCUUCCGCCCCGGCGACAAGGUCCUCACCCUCUUCAACCAGGCGCACAUCGGCGGCCCCGUCUCCGCCGCCUACCUCUCCACCGGUCUCGGCGGCGCCCUCCACGGCACCCUCCGCGGCGUCGGCGCCUUCAACGAGCACGGGCUCGUCCACAUGCCCGCCGGCCUCUCCGCCGUCGAGGCCGCCGCGCUGCCCUGCGCCGCCCUGACCGCCUGGAACGCCCUCGAGGGCGUGCGCGGGGGCCAGUGGGUGCUCACGCAGGGCACCGGCGGGGUGAGCGUCGCCGCGUUGCAGUUCGCCAAGGCGGCGGGCGCGCGGGUCAUUGCGACGACGGGCUCCAAAGGCAAGGAGGAGGCGCUGAGGAGGCUCGGGGCGGACCACGUGCUAAACUACAACGAGGUGACGGACUGGGGCGCCAAGGCCAAGGCGAUCACGGGCGGCGCGGGCGUGGACCACGUCGUCGAGGUGGCCGGCCCGGCGUCGAUGCGGCAGAGCAUCGACGCGGUCAGGGUUGGGGGGGUAGUCUCCAUCAUCGGCUUCGUGGGCGGCGCGGAGGGCGAGAAGGAGCCGAGCUUCCUCGAGACCCUGACCAAAAUGUUCACGGCGCGCGGCGUGGCGAUCGGCAGCAGGCUGCAGCUCGAGGACAUGUGCCGCGCCAUCGAGGCCAACCCGGACCGGCUCCGGCCCGUGGUGGACGACAAGGUGUUUGGUCUGGAGCAGCUCAAGGAGGCGUACGAGUAUCUGCAGUCCGGAAAGCACUUUGGCAAGGUGUGCAUCAAGAUGGACUAG